AGAGGUAAACAGAAGGGGAGAUCUCAUUUAGUUCCUGAACUGUUGCAGCGCUCUGUGCUGCCGCUCACUCUCUCUUGAAUCUUGGUCAUUUAGACGCACCAAGGAGACAAAAACAAAACAAAAAAUCUUGGACUGGACUUGCAACUCGGAAGCAUUUACAGAAGGAGAGAAGGCAAGAAUCAGAAAGAGCGACAGGGAUCAGAGGAGUGCAACGUUUUGCACACAAUAAGCGUCCAGCUGCCAUGGAGAACACAUGAGCAACUGCAGGAAUAUGAGGAGUGAUGCUGCUGAGUGAACUUUGUGGAUAUCACUGAAUUCAUUCCCUCAAACUUGUGGAGGGAGUUGACUGUAAAGACAGAAAAGGUGGGACACUGGAGACGGAAACUGUGAGAAGCAUGGCGGCCACCAGCCCUUCCUCCUGCCACCCUUUUCUCUUCUUCUUCCUUUCUUUCCUGGUCAGCCGGCCAGCGCUCACCCAGGACACUUCCUUCUCCACGGCGACAGUAACCGAGGGCGACCCUGCGUUGACCUCCACCAAACUGUCUAACCAGACAGCGCCCAGCUUGGAGGACGUAACCCAGGGCACACCUCUGGAGACGGGGCUCUCCACCCCCACCAGCGGUGGCGACGCCGACGACGAGGACGUCCCCCCGGUUGGAGGGACCCGUUGCCAGGGUUACUACGACGUCAUGGGCCAGUGGGACCCACCGUUCAACUGCAAUGCUGGGGUCUUCCUGUACUGCUGCGGCACCUGCUUUUACCGCUUCUGCUGCCAGUUCCGUCAGCAGAGGCUGGACCAGACCAUCUGCUCCAACUACGACACGCCCAUCUGGGCCAACACCGGGAAGCCUGUGGCCACCAUCACUGAAGGCCAGGGGGAUUCAGACCGCGAUCGGACGCACCUCAUCGUUUACAUCAUUUGUGGCGUUGUCGCUGUCAUGGUGUUGGUGGGCAUCUUCACCAAACUGGCUCUGGAGAAAACCCGAGGAGGAAGUGGAGGAGGGGCGGGGAUACCUCAGACUGACCUCAACUCCAGGACGCUGACAGACCUGCUGAAGCAGCAGGGCAGCGAGGCGAGCUUGGUAGAGAACGCCGCGGCUGGAUCGUCCAGCGGAGGGAGAGCCAACGGCGUCUCGGCCAGGAUGCCACGCAGCAGGAGUGAGCAGUACCAGCUGAAUAACGCAGCCUAUGGCGCAUUUGGACAGGGCCUUCCGCAGCCGCAUAAUAACCACAGCACACUGGGACUCAACAAGUACGCCUCCCUCAAAGCCGUGGCAGAAACCGCUUCCCGCAGCUACUACAAGAGCUUUCCUGUCAUGGACUUCUCCAGUUACCAGCCCGUAGCGCCUCCUGCCUUCCAGCCCUCGCAGCCUAAGGAGAAGUCCUACAUCCACCAGCCUCUGCCUGGGCACCGCGACCUCCACACCCCUCUGUCCAUUUCCAUCCCGUCCAACCACCUGGAGCACUCGCGCCUCCCCAAGACCAACACGCACCCGUUCAUCUCCAACUCGGCCUUCAAAGCCUGGGAGCCGGCCGGCCGCCACGUCCACAGGCAGACCUCCGCUCCGGCGCACACCUCCUCCUCUCUGCACAGCUCCACCCGGAGACACGGCUACUCAACACGACGGCAGCAGAGCAUAGAGAACCUGCAAGAAGUGGUUAACCACUCCUAUGGAGGCGUGUAUGGAGGAGGAGGCGGAGGGCAGGGUCACCACGGCCACGGCCAACACGCUUCUCAACCCUCUUACUACAACCACAGCAGGCAGAAGAGCUACUCCACCCACAGCGCCACCGAGGUGACUGUCUGAGUGACUACCACAAAGAAAAACUUUGGAGCAAGCUGCACUUCCUUACAGUCCAACAUGACCGGGGUUAAGCAAGGACACGCCUUCCAAUGUACACAAAAAAAGCAAGAGCUCAGAUAUUCAAUAUGUGGGAAAAAAAACAGGGGACAGAAUCAUUGCUACUCAUGAGGGACUCAAGAUAGAAAAUGGGGCUCAGGCUCCUUCCUGCUGCAUUGGGGGUUGAAGAUGUUUAACCGCCAAAGUUUUGCGACAUCACUGGAUUACGGAUGAUCAAGCUCUGGAUAAAACAAAUGUUUCUCUGUCUAUAUUUUAGAACUCGGAGCUUUGCUUUGUCCACAAACAUGGUUUUAUUUUAAAUGUUUUGGUUUUAAUAUGGAUGUUGGAGGAGCAAAUUCCAAACCUGUGUUAGCCUGGUAAAGGUUCUGGUAGCUAACCUGGAUAUGAAACCAAAACCCAACUAGUCACACUGUAAUUAGUUCCUUUAAUCCAAAACAAAAAAAGAGCCACAUUUUAGGGAACUUAUGCUGUCUUGCCUGGAGUAAAGAUGGUGUAUCAGUGACACUGCUAUGCAAUAUGGGACAGUUGGGAGUAGAUGGAGUUAGUUAACACCACUUAGCUAGGCAGUUAGCUGCCUGGCUAACCAGCUGAUCAUAUUAAGUCUGUGGUUAAACAAUGACUGAUCAUUUUAUCAGAGUCUGGUACUACCCAGAACCACCGAAACACCAGGAUAUAUAUUCAUAACAGAAGAGGAAAAGGCUAAUUUUAGCGUCUUUCAUUGUUUUUUAAUGAAAUAUGCUAAUUACGUCAACAUAAACCAUGAAACAGAAAGAUGCAUCUCAUACAAUGGGAGAAGCACAUAAAAUUCAAAACUGGCUUACUAUAAUUGCUUUUUGUUUCUGUAUUUAUAAUAAUGCAAACAGCUUGGAAAGCUAGCGUACAAGCUAAUAAUGCUACUAGCCUUGUAGCUAACUUGUUUGUCCAAAGAAAUUCAAACUAUCUGAGAAACUGGAAAGUUUUUGUCAUUAAUAGUAGUUCAUAAAGACAAUUUUCAUUCUUAAAAUAAAACGAGUCUCAAGGUAGUUGAAGUAACUAAAUGUUUAUUUCAGAAAUAGUUAUACGAUAAAUUAUAGUUAGCCUGUGUUCAAACUGGCUUAUGUUUUGUGGUUAUGUGUAGAAAACUGCUCCUUUGAGUUUUAUAAUUCAAACAUGGUGUUUAUUUUAUGCAUUUUCAAUAAAUAUAGGGGGUAAUAGAGUAAGGAAUCAUGCAGUGCCUUGCAAAAGUAUUCAUACCACCUGAAAUAUGAAUUAUGUCGUAUUUAGUCACUUAAUCACAGCCUCCAACGUAAUUUAUCUAGUUUUAUGUGAGUUUUUGGCCACUUUACACAGAGACCCCAAAAUAAAAUCCUGCGCAAUCAACUCCCCUGAGAAGACCUCUGUUAUUUCUAAUUUAAUCUCAGAAUAAAUAAAUAAAAACUCUUUCUGUUUCCAGGUGAACAAAGCUAGUAGAAACACCCCAGAAGACCUGCAGCUGUAACUGCAGCCGGGUUCUAACAGGCAAUGACUCAGAACUUCAGAGUGUGAAUAUUUCUGCAAGGCAUUGAAGUGACGACUCCUUUUAACCAACAGGGGUAUUUUUUUUUCUAUCAGAUAUCUUUUGUUGCACUGUUAAAAAACACAAAUAGUAAUAAAAUGAUCAAAUAUGCACUGAUUCUUUAACUUGAUAAAUGCACAGAACUAUUUUUUGUUGUUCAAAUAGUGUAGGGGUUCAUGCAGCCCCAUCUUUGCUUUAUAGGGCUGACUUCUGUCAAAUUUUUCACUUCAUUCAUGACCUUGAGUUAAAAAAAACAACAAAAAACUGCAGUUUCCAAAAUGUACGACUCGUCUAGUAAAUAAAAAGAGCGUCCUGGAGUGAUCGGCAUAAGUUUAGGUCCUUUAGUGACGACUGAGAAGUUUGAAAUUGUGUCGCUUAUGGUUUAGGGAGAUCAAAAAAUACGCCUCGCUUUAUUGUACAGCUGAAGAGUUUCGCUCACUGUUCUCUCGGUCCACCUCUAUCCGUUGGCCUUUCCCCUGAUUUUCCGCCAUGAAACACACUUUGCAUUCUUUUCCGUCAGGCCAAGCGUACAUGGACAGCUUCCCUUGGGUCACAUUAACUUGAUGGUGAGGACAAUUCCACCGUCAUGUCAGUUUCUAUCAGCCUCCAUCCCAACAGGAGAGGGGGUGAGGGGACAGCGAAGGAGCCAGAGGCUAAGACUCUUUAGAAAAAGAAAAUAAAGGAGGUAGAGAGUAGAGGAAAAUAGAAAAAAAAAACGUACGUUGCUACGUGUCUUCCUUCCUCGGAGGGGGAAAGGAAAGGAAGUCAGUGUACAUCUGGGUCUGUCACUCCUGAACUGUUUGAGUCGUAACUUCCGAGUGUGUAGAUGUGUGAUUUCUGACCCGCGGGUUAUUAUUGCAGGGGAAUUUAUUGAGGCACUUCCAGGCCUGAAGGAUUUGACAUCUUUUAUUUGAUGUGGCCUGGAUUUCAAAGGACGUUGUACGCAGCUGCAGCUGUUGCUAGGUUCACGCAGCAGCUGAUGGAAUCCCUCGCCUGGACCUCACAGCGGACGAGACCUGCAGGAACCGGCGCAGUGCUCGGCGCAUCCAUCUAGGAACGCUUCCCGUUAGAUUAGACAAUGAGAUUUGUUGGUUUUCUGGCAGGUUCUCAUUUUGUUUUUUGUUUCAUGUUGUAAAUCGGCGAUGCUUUAGCGUGGGUUCUGAGUUUUGAAAUUAGGUGAGAGAAUCUGAAUUGUUCAUUAUCAACUCCUGGUUACGACAUUGAUCGAGGACUAGAAUGAUUGCAGCAGCAUAGUCUCACUGAAAUAUUUAGAAAAAAAAUCCAACCGUUGAUUCAAAGUCAUUCAUUUGUUUUGAGAAACAAUCAUUUUCAGAAAUAUCACUUGGGGUCACUAAGUCUUCAUGACAGCCAUGCAAUACCAACCAGCCUACCAUCACAAACAUAAACUCAGAGUUUGCUGAAAAAGUGAACUGGAACUGGGUGCCAGCACGGACACUGUUUUGUUCUGAUGAGCCGACCGGUUUCACAAGGACUUUCUAGCUAUAGUGUAGCAGGUAAUUGAAGAUGUCAGCAAAAUCCAACUUGGUAAAGAUGUUCCCAGGGGUUUGCUUCUUAGCAAACAAAAACAAAAUAAAUUAUUAGCAACAGUAGUAACAUGAACCCAAAAGACAUCUCAACAUUCUGAUGUUUGAAAAAGGGAAAUAUUUUUAGUAAUCCUUAUUGGCCUAAACCCAGAAAUGAUUCGCCUGAUUGAUUGGCGAAAACUCAGUGCAUGUUUCAACGUGGAUCCAUUGUUUUCCAAACUGACAUCCAGAUCUUGUUUUAUUCCACACAUCGUCCAAUCAGAAACUCACCUUUACUUUAACGGCUCAAAACAGCUCACUGCAGGUUUGACGCAUUUUCAAAAACUCCUGUAUUCCAGUAUUUUUUGUUUGUUGUUGUUGUUCAUUUGGCUGCUUUUUACCACUAGAUGUAAUCACUGGAGUAUUAAUGAGUGCUGUGACAGAAAAUAAAUCAGACUCUUGUUUAUCUUU